AUGAGCCGUCGCAGGGCCUACAGGAUCCGGCACAGUUUGUUGCAGCAGCAAAGAUUGUUUGUCCUUAGUAUCUGCCUCCUUUCUCUUCCUCUUUCUUCCUCUCUCCCUCUCGCUUUCGUUAUCGGGGCGGUAUGGCUUGGCUGGUGGCAGAUCGGAUCAACGAGCGGGCGGCAGGCCAGGAGAGGCGUUCCGGAGAUGGACGGAGGUUGCGAGAUGCGGUGCGCCGAGAUGACGGAGCCCAAUGUUUCUCAAGGCGCCCCGACAACACAGACGGAUGACGUCGCAAGUUGGCAAACACAGGAAAAGAGGCGAGCAAUGCAAUUGAAGGAGGACCGCGGACGACCCUCGAUGGGCUUGGCUAAGGCAGGGUUCGAGGCUGCUGAAUCGAGGUUGGACGAUUUUCGAUUUAGCCCAGAUAGUCGAUGGGCGAAUGGAUGGCCCGAGAUGGGGUGGGCCGGGGGAAGGCACUAG